UUUCUUCUUUCAUGAUUUCUCUUCCUUUUGUUUCUCUGCAUUUUCUUUCCCAUUUCUAUGUUUCUUCGCUUGUCAUGUUAUCCUUCAUCGUUUUCACUUCUGCAAAUCCACCUGAUUUAUAAAAUGCUUGAUUUGCUUCUCUCAUUAUAUUCCACCCCCUUUAGCCUCUUGUAUGUGUUUUCUUCCCCCCCUUAACAGCUUCUGUAUUCUGUUCUCUGUUUUUGUUCAUUUUGGUAACAGGGGAUUCGUGGGUUUUCUGCAUGGAAGCAUUCACGUGACGAGGUAGUAAGGAUGGAUUUUUGGGAAUGUUUCAGCUUAUUGACGAAAUGGGGUUUGGUUAAAUAGAUGGAUAAAUGUGUUGGAGUGUAAAAUUUGGGGUGUUCUUUGUUUUUUCUUUGAAUGUGGGUAUAUUGUUUUGAAAUCAGUUAAAGACUGAGAAUGUGAUGAUGGAGAAAGCUGUUAAAUGAUGAUAAAAUGGUGCAAUGAGCGUAAAAGAUGAAUUGAUUAUUUGAGAAUGGAGAUUAAUGAAAAUGGUGAAUUGGUGGACGAGCGGCCUCCGUCGCCAAUCUGGGUGUUGCAACAAUUCUCGGAGGAGGCAUUUAGGGUGGCUGGUGAAGCUCUAAAUAGCGUCUAUCAUGGGGGAACCGGGCUACAGGAAAUGGGGAUGGGACAUCGACGUGCUCGAAGUGAAGUUCUUAGUGCCAAACAUAGAAGAUCCAACAGUUUCCAGAGGUUGAAAUCCCAUGUGCAGAAAGCUUGGGGAUGGGGAAGAGACACGCGGGAUGAGGAUUAUGGCUUCUAUCGUUUUGAUCCUGAGAUAUUGGCAAACCAAAAACGUCAGUGGUAUCAGUUUCACUCCAAAUCUCUGGACCUUGUGUAUCAGGAGCCCACCUCUCUCUUUGAACAUUUCAUUAUUGCUGGGCUCCAUCCGGAUACUAACCUUGAAGCUGUGGAGGAUGCAUUUGCUAAAAGGAAAAAAUGGGAGUUACAAAGGAAAAAUUCUGAGAUAGAUAUCAGAAUGGCAGAGCAUAGAGGGCCAUCUGUUCCCCUGUUGGAACCUCAGAUACUUUUUAAGUAUCCACCUGGGAAGAGGCUGCCUAUGCGUAUGAAGGAUUUGUCUGCAUUUUGUUUUCCUGCAGGUGUUAAGGCUCAAUUGUUGGAGAGGACUCCAUCACUCAGUGAUCUGAAUGAAAUUGUCUAUGGUCAGGCACACUUGAAAAGAGAUGAUUUGGCAUUUAUUUUUUCCCUUAAGGUUGCCAACAAUUCGACUCUUUAUGGUGUAUGCUUACACGUGCAAGAAAUUGUUCAGAGGCCACCUUGUCUUCUAGGAAUCUCAACUUCUCUUUCUCAUUCUCCUGGACUAAGCAGCCGUUUUUUGGUUUCAGCACCUCGCUGCUAUUGUCUGUUAACCAGAGUACCGUUCUUUGAGUUACACUUUGAGAUGUUGAACAGCAUUAUAGCCCAGGAGCGUUUGAAUCGAGUAACUCAGUUUAUCAGUGAAAUUUCUCUCACUGAUUCUGUGCCAUCAGCGCCAAGGUCGAAUCAAAAUGGGAAUGUUGAUUCUCCUGAAAGGAAGUCUUCCGGUGAUUGGAUGACGUCGGCAAUACCUAUUCACAGUGCAGUUACCCUUACUGCUGCUGCUGCAGGAAUUAUUUCUGAUGAUGAGAUCUUAACCUCUUCAGUGAAGAUGGUGGAACCUCAAUCUCCUGAAAGUUGUACAACCAGUCAUGCUUCAGAAUUGAGUCAACUGGAAAGAACUAAUGGAAGUUGUGAGAGUGGUCACCUCUGGUCAGAGAUGUCUUUCUCAUCAAGGCAUCGCUCAUUCGAGCGCAUAGGGAGUUCUGAAUCCCUAUUCAGUACCAAUUUCAGUGAUAUCAAAUCAUAUGGCAGUCCAGCUAGAAGUAUGGUUUCAGAAGAUGAGGAUGAUGAUCUUUUUCCAAGCUGCGAAAAGGAAUUCGGUGAUGACUUGAUAAUGGAAUGGGCUAGGGAGAAUAAGUACGAUGUGCUGCAAAUAGUCUGCGGUUAUCAUUCUCUUCCUGUUCCUGAAAGGGGAUGCGACUUAUUUUUCCAACCUCUAGAACAUUUGCAAUCUAUUGAAUAUAGAAGACCUGCCAUUUCAUCACUUGGAUUUUCUGAAAGUUAUCUAGACUUAUUGAACCCUGUUGAGGUCAAAGCAAAGUUGGCUACAGCUGAAGAAACUCUUGCUCUGUCAAUAUGGACAACGGCCACUUUAUGCCGGGCUCUCUCUCUUGAAUCUGUUUUGCAAUUGAUUGCAGGGAUUUUGCUAGAAAAACAAGUGAUAGUAGUGUGUCCAAACAUGGGUCUGCUUUCAGCUACAGUGCUAUCCGUUGUUCCUUUGAUUUGUCCUUUCCAAUGGCAAAGUUUAUUACUUCCGGUUCUACCAGGAAGAAUGUAUGAUCUCCUUGAUGCCCCCGUUCCCUUUAUUGUCGGUACACUAAAUAGACCAACUGAUGUAAAGAUGAAGACGUCUAAUCUAGUUGUUGUUGAUAUACUUAAGGAUCAGGUGAAAACAUGUAGCUUACCAACACUUCCACGAUACAGAGAGCUAGCCUCUAAACUAGGCCCCGUCCACGCUAAAUUGGCUAACAAGAGUUCAAUAGCCAAAAAGCAUCCUGUAUAUUGGUGCAAUGAAUCUCAGACUGAAUGUGCCGCCCGGUUUUUGAAUGUCAUGAGGCAAUACAUGGAGUCAUUGUGUUCAAAUCUUAGAUCUCAUACAAUUACUAGUGUCCAAUCAAAUAACGACAGGGUUUCUUUACUUCUUAAGGAUAGCUUUAUUGAUUCCUUUUCUAGUAAGGACCGACCAUUUGUUAAGCUAUUAGUAGACACACAGCUGUUCAGUGUUCUUACGGAUUCUCGAUUAGCGAGCUUCGAAAAUGGGUUCUGUGAAGUAAAUGUACCAACAGCACCAAUGGCAGAACCAGAAGUACACAAGGUGCAGAUGAAGAAACCCUGAGGGGUUUUGAUUUAGAGCCAAUAUUAAUGAAGAUAACUAUAACUACUGAUUCCUGAAGUGUUUUUAGGCAAGUCAGUUUUGUAACAUAACAUCAUAGUAACAAUGAAAAUAUCCUAAGUUUUUUAGUGAGGAUAUACAUAUGUAAGGAUGUGAAAAUUCAUGUAAAUGUUGGUUACUCUAAAUUCAACAAUAAACAAGUUGAUUGAUGCA